AUGGAACUCCUGCAACGUCGAAAAGAAAAUAGAGCUGCCAAGAAAAAGAAUGCGUAUUUACUCCCACGUAUUCGUAAAGUUCCACUUGGUUAUAUGGAAUCGGGUGUUUCUUUCCCUGAUUCACAUCAUGAAAAACUUGAUGGUGCGAAUCACUCUUCUAUGUAUAGUGAAAAGUUAGGAAGCGAAGCCUUGAAGAGAGGUCAUGGCAGUGCCGAUGUCAUUACUGAGGCAUUACAAUAUAUGUCCUCUCGCGAUUUUGCUCUUUUUGUUCCUCACGUUCAUUCUGCACCCUCUUCUGAGACAGCAAAUGACAUGCCAAAUGCAAGUAUUUUUGCAGAGCUUCCACUUACUGCUAGGGCUGAUCUUAGAAGCUGCAAGGGAAAAUUUCUUCCAAAAAAAAGGAAAAAUUUGAACCUUCCAUCUUCCACUAUUGAGCCUGAUUUCUGCCUACCUAGGAGAAAAAUUAGGAACUCUAUACUUGUAGCACUGCAUGAUCGACUAGGCGAUUGCUUUAAUCGUUUUGAUAGCGUCGUCCAAGCUCUCAACUUUGACAAAGAGUAUUUGCUUACGAACAAUCUUUUUGAAAAUCCAGUUGAGUAUUGUUCUUCAGCCCAUGUUUUUGUGAACUCUGAAGAGCUUUAUCCUCUCACAACUACAAGUAAGACAGGUCAAUUUCCACAACAAAAGGAUGCAUCUUUUAAUGAGCAAAAUUCUAUAAUUGGAUUUGCUUGCUCUUUUCGUGUGAUGUCGGUUGACAGGCCCAACAGCUCUUCUCGACUUUCUGAGAGCAUCCUGCAACCUUCUUGCAUAGGCAAAGAUCCUCUACUUGCUCCUGAGCUUUUUGAAAAUGUUGCGAUUGCACCUAAAAGAGGGAGACAGCGACGAAUUUUUCCGAUCAAUGAAAUCCCACACGAAGCUUUAACUCUUCCAGAUGCUGCUGAUUAUGAGCACUGUGGAGCCAAGAGGUUCCAUUUAGAACCUCCUAACUUUUGCUGCUCUGGAGGAGAUAUUUCUAUCGUGGCUCCAUCGAUGUUUUAUGAUCUUAAGCGCCUAUUUAUCGAAAAUAAUGAAGAAAGUGCUCAUUUCAAAAAUAAUGUUUGGACCUAUAAUAACAACUGGAGAUUCACAUCCUUUGCUGCAAAAUAUGAUCCAGAACUGACCAAGAACACGAAAGGUGUUUAUACUUUCCGUGUUCAAGGUCAGGUCUACCAUUUCCUUAAUAGUUUGAUGCAGUCAUACGAAAAACCUUCUGAAAUUCAGUUUUACUUUUUUGAUUCUGAAGAAGAAUUAGCAAAGAGGAUUGGAAGUUCUGAUAAGUUGCGUGAAAGCACUUUAAGAUUACUUAUGUGCAUCCUUUCAAACAAUCCUUAUGCAAAAUUCUUUAAGAAUCUCAGACAUGUCCCAAACAUUGACACCUAUAAAAUUGUUUUGAAUUGUCAUCCCGGUUUGGACCAGCGUUACCCUAUUCUCUUUCCUCAAGGUGAAUGUGGAUGGCACCAUGGUGUUAAAAAAUGUUGCAAGAGGAAGAGAAAGGCAGAUUCUUGUGAGGAUGAUUUAAAUAUUGAUCCUUUCUCUGUUAAUAACCCUUCAUAUUUACUCGAUUUGGAACACAGAGCCGUUGAACAUGGAAAGAACGAAGAGGACACUGUAUCAGUUAGAAAAUGUUAUUGUUAUAGGUUUCAAAUAAGAGACAGCGAUGAGUCGAUGUUGCUGCACUGUCUUAGACUUCUACAACAAUUUUUAAUUGAUUCCUAUGUGAAGAUAGAAAUUUCUAAGCUGGACUUUCAUAGACACCUACAAAAUGUUGUCAGAUCAGAAAUUCUUCAAGGGGUAUUGGAUAGUGUCUCUCUAGGCAAAACUGAAGGUUCUAAAGUUGGUCGUAGGAUAGUGCUGCCUGCUUCCUUUAUAGGUGGUUCCAGAGACAUGAGGCAUCGCUAUCUUGAUGCAAUGGCACUUGUACAAAAAUACGAAAAAUCAGACAUUUUUCUUACCAUGACCUAUAAUCCGGCAUGGAAAGAAAUUCAGUGCAAUUUGAAGUAUCAUGAGAAGCCGCAGGAUAGGCCUGAUUUUUUAGCUAGAGUUCUUAGAGCUAAAUUUGAAAUGCUUAAACAUGAACUCUUGAAUAGGCAGAUUUUUGGUGAGGUAGCAGCAUGCGUCUAUGUCAUUGAGUUUCAAAAACGGGGAUUUUCACAUGCUCAUUUGUUACUCAUUUUAAAGCCUCAAUUUAAGUUGCUCAAUCCAGAGUCAUACGACAAGAUAGUCUGCGCUGAAUUACCUGAUCGCCUUCAGUAUCCUCACCUCUAUUCUCUUGUUGUAAAGCAUAUGAUCCAUGGUUCUUGUGGAGACAUGAAUAAAAGUUGUCCCUGUAUGAAAGACGGUUCCUGUAAGAAUCACUAUCCAAAAAUUUUUUGCCCUCAUACAACCCAUGGUGAAGAUAGUUACCCAUAUUAUAGAAGGAGGGAUGGUGGCAAGAAAGUGAAAGUUCGCAGAUUCACCCUUGAUAAUAGGAUUAUGACAGAUGAUAGUGCUACUGAUACUGACGAGAUUAAAGAGUUCCAAAAAGGUAGAUACAUUUCACCUCCGGAAGCGUUUUGGCGUAUAUAUGAGUUCCGUUUAAAUGAGAUGACCCCAUCUAUUUAUACUCUCCAGAUUCACCUUCCAAAUCAGCAGCUUGUUUCUUUUCCGAAAAACUCAGAUUUGCUGCAAUUGUUAGCAAAAGUUGAUUUUUUUAAGACCAUGCUAAUUGAGUUUUUCAAGAUGAAUACAACCAAUGCAACCGCUGAAAACCUUAAAUGCUUUUAUAAAGAUUUCCCUCAGCAUUUCGUUUGGUCUUCCAAGUAUAAACACUGGACGGAAAGGAAGCGUCGAAAGGUGAUAGGUAGACUUGUCAGUGUUAAUCCAAGAGAAGGAGAGAGGUACUAUCUAAGGCUUCUCUUAAAUCAUAUUCCUGGACCGAUAUCAUUUGAAGAUCUCUUGACUGUUCAUGAUAAAAAAAUGAACUCAUUUAGAGAGGCUGCUUUAGCGCUUGGGUUGUUGCAAUCUGAUACGUAUAUAGAAGAAACACUUGAGGAAGCCGCUGCAUUUCAAAUGCCAUCUUCGCUCAGAUUAUUAUUUGCUACUCUUCUGGUCUAUUGUUCUCCAACUGGUCCCACGAUGGGAUUAGUUCUUGCUGAUAUUAACAAAUCUCUUAAGCAGAUGGGUACAAGCAUUGCGGCGUAUCAGUUACCAUUAGAUGACCUUGUUAGUGUGGAUCAAGUUCACCUAACAAAAAAGAUAGAGGCUGAAAGAAAUAUAGACAUACCACCGGAAAAUCUGCUAAUGUCUUUAAAAUUAAAUUCCCAGCAAAAGUAUGCUUAUAACAAGAUCCUAAAAGCAUGCUUUGCUUCCCAAAGACAUUCUUUUUUUAUUGAUGGUCCUGGAGGUACCGGUAAAACAUUUUUAUACCGGUCGCUGCUUGCUACUUUGAAAUCGCAAGGUUAUAUAGCCAUUGCAGUAGCAACCUCUGGAAUUGCAGCGUCUAUCCUUCCUGGAGGAAGAACUGCACACUCAAGGUUCAAGAUACCUCUUGAUUUCUCAAAGAACAGAACUUGUCAGCUUAGCAAGCAAGGCAGUGUUGCAAAGCUGUUUUCGGAGUCUAAACUGAUCUUGUGGGAUGAAGCUUCCAUGGCUAAACGAGAAACUAUUGAGGCAUUUGAUGAUUUGCUUAGAGACAUAAUGGAAUCUGAACUGCCUUUUGGAGGUAAAGUUAUUGUAUUUGGUGGGGAUUUUCGGCAAACACUACCUGUUAUUGAACAAGCAACAAAGGAGGUCCUUUUGCAGUCUUGCUUUCUCAAUUCUCCAUUGUGA